AUGCAUGGGGACGCACGUGAGGAGGAUGUGGCCGUUCAUGGCGACGUAGGUGAUGCAGGCGAGGGCGUUGGAGGUGACGCGGGCGGAUCCAGCGGGGAGGAAGGAUGCGGCGAUGGGGAGCCGUCGAGAGGAGAAGUGGUGCUCUCGGUAAUGGGGUCUUCAGCAACAAUGGGUUCUUCAGCAACACGCUGCCCCACCUGA